AUGAAGCUGAGCAACAAGAGGAAGGCAGGAAGGCGUGCCGACGACUUCCAGAUCACAGGGCCACGCGACGAGGUCGACGAGCUGCUGGAGGUGAUGGGCGAAAGGCUGAAGCUGCCAGAAGUGGUGAAGCUCGCCAAGACUGGGGGCCAGGCGACGUUCCUGAGCGUGCAGGUGGAGCAUGUCGAGGGCGGCUGCGCGAUCAGUGGCAAGACGAGCUUGAUCUACGAUGUCCUGAAGGAGCUGGGCCUGGAUAGCGCCGGGCCAGCAGUGUUGCGCGAGACCAAGAACGAAGUGAACGUGGAGAACGACGUGGUGAAACGUGGCGCGGCUGGUCAUAUCCGCUACGGGGCGCGCGUGGGGAAGUUGCUGCCGUUGGCGAGCCACCGUCCCGACGUUCAACGUGGAGUUGGAGCUCUAAGCUGGGGCACGUCGGGGCUGACGGAGCGGGGCCUGGGGAGGUUGAAGAAGAUGUCGCGGCGCCUGGCGGGCGCCCGCGACUGCGGGAUGCAGCUGAUUUCUGACAAGGGGGGCAUUGCAUGUCAGUGCUGGGUCGACGCCGACUGGGGGCGACGACGAGGAGCGGCGGAAGUGCUUGGCCUGGCGUCGCUGCGCGAGGAGUGGCAAGAGAAGACAGUGCCGUGCGUGAUGGGCGACAGCAGCAGCGCCUCGCAUAUAGUGAAGAAGCGGGGGCCAGGGAAGAUGAAGCACGUGGAGAUCCGCUUCCUGGCGCUGCAGCAGUGGGGAGAACAGGGCAGGCUCCGCUUCGGAAAGGUGAGCACCCGUGAGAAGCCGAGCGACAUGAUGACCAAGUCAAUGCCGAGGGAGAAGCUGGGGGAAUUCACGAGCAUG